AUGUCUGCAAAGGGCAACAAGAAUCCAGUUGUCGACGCUCACGAGGAAGUUGUGAGAAAGAAGUUUGGGUUGAAGCAGCCUGAAACACCUCUCCUUCAGAAUGAGAUCGACGGAAAACUCCGCUUCCAUGGGGAUCCCAGGAUAUCAAAUCCAAGAGCUAACAUAGCAGCGCUCUGGAACAAGUUCUUCGAGACCAGCCCCUCCAAGGACUACGACGACCUAAGACUAAAACUCGUGAACAAUGAGAAAACCUUGGCAUUUGACUAUGAUUGCGAGAGAAAUGCGUCCGAAACAGAGAGAAAGGCCAAUAAUAUCGUUCAGGAGAUCGUCCAGAGGGAUAAAGAGUUGAUCUACAAGAAAGCCAGUAAAAGGCUAGGUUUCGGUGGCCAAGAACAUGAGCGUUUCUACGGCGAUCACUUUCUCUCCAACCGCGAACUAAUCGAACGGACAGAGCUCUUCAAUCUCCUUCUGAAGAUGCCAAAGGGUGGCCAUCUCCACAUUCACUUCAACGCUAAUCUUCGAGAGGACUUCCUCCUCAAUAUAGCCCAGGAGAUGGCGCAAAUGUAUAUCUGGAGCAGCAUGCCCCUGGUGAGAAAAGAGGACUUUGACAAAUGCAGGAUUCAAUUCAGUAUUCUGAGUGAUGAAGACCGGGACAAGAGAAAUCGACCGGCCCUGGCCAAGGGCAAAUCCGUAAACCCAUUUGACACGAACUACUCCUGCGAGCCCAAACAAGAGGGCGCCAGACUAUUCAAGGACUUCAUCAACGAUUUCCCGAGUCAUAUCAUGAACAUGGAUGCAAUGCAAUGGCUUCGGAGUAAAUUGGUAUUCCAUGAAGACGAGGCGCACCAUCCUUGCCAGUCAAUCGCUGGGGCUUGGGAAAAGUUCAACGGAAGAACCCAGAUGCUGAAAGGGCUGUUUAACUAUGAAACGGCCUUUAGGAAGUACACACGUGCAUGCUUGGAAGAAUUCGUCGCUGACAACAUUCAAUAUGCCGAGAUUCGCCCUAAUUUUAUGGAAUCGAAUCAGGUGCUUAAAGACAACGGCUCCUCCAAAUAUAACAACGAGGAGACACUGGAGCUUAUCAUUGAGGAAUAUGAGAAGUUCCAAAGGGAACACAAGUACCGGAUCUUAAAAGGACUUAAGGUUAUCUGGUGUUUCCCGCGUUCCAUGCCCAACGAUAAAGUCGCGGGAUCCCUACAGGAGUGUUUGCAGGCCAAGCUAAACAAGAGGUUAGGCCCGUAUAUUGCUGGUUUCGACUUGGUUGGUGAAGAAGGACAGGGCAAGCCACUCAGGGCUUUCAGGACCGAACUUCUGACCUUCAAGCGUCUAUGCGCGGCCCAGGGAGUUGAUAUACCGUUCUUAUUCCACUGUGGCGAAACCCUGGAAAUGGGCACUGAGACUGAUGGCAACGUCUUUGAUGCUCUGCUCCUCGGCUCCAAGCGCAUCGGCCAUGGCUUCGCGCUGCCUCGUCACCCCUACGUGAUGGAGCUAAUGAAACAGAACAAUGUUUGUGUUGAGGUAUGCCCCAUCUCAAACGAGAUCCUGGGCUUGACACCGCGGAUUAGUGGGCAUGCGGUGUAUAAUCUGCUGGCGAACAAUGUCCCUUGCACCAUCAGCACGGAUAAUGGCACUCCUUUUAGAUCGCGUCUCUCUCAUGAUUUCUACCAGAUUAUGGCUGGCAAGUCCGAUAUGACCCUCCAUGGUUUGCGGCAAUUAAUCGUGUGGAGCAUUGAGCAUUCUUGCUUAGAAAAGGAGAGAAAACAAGAAGUUCUGGAUGAAUGGAGGCAAAUGUGGGAAAAGUUCUGCGCCGAUAUCAUAAGGGAAGAUAAGGAACGGAAACAAAAACAGAGCCAGUUGUGA